AUGUCAAACACUCCAGCGCAGCAAGGUGGACAAUCCACAUCCGACAGGCGAUAUCUCGACUUGACGCCUCAUGGACAGCAGGGGCCUGCAAUUGAUCCUGCAUUUCAGAAUCGCUUACCACCAGAGCCUCCGCGGUUUUUGUUCCCGGACAACCAGGGCUAUGACCCUACCAAACCUUCUGAGUCUCUGUUUCUUUUCCAGGGCAAGUCCCAGGAUACUGAUUCAGACCAGAAGUUCAAGGUUUCUUCUGGCAGCGCCGGUCCUCUGAGCCAGCAUGGAGUUCAACGAAGCAGCCCUCUUUUAGGGAAUCCAGAGCAACAUGGGGCCCCCAGUUCCUACAACGAAAUUGCAUCCUCGAUCUCGAAGCUGACCUGGAGUCGUGCCUCGGGUGGCUCAACCGUUCGAACCCUCGAUCUUGAUUCUCAAUACAGUAGUAGUUCUACGGCCUUUCCGAGUCCUGUUCAUUCUGAUACGAGUGCUGUGGCAUAUCCAAGCAGCUUGGUAACAGCGAAGCCUCAGUAUCACCUUCAGCCGCAGCCGCAGCCUCAGCCGCAACCACAGCCACAGCCACCAAAGCGCCAAAUCAGUUCCAGCAUACCAACGGGCUUUGACAAGCUCCUUAAUCAUUCACCGGCCCAUCCUAGAGGUGAUCAGACAACCGGAGUAGGGCUGCCUCCUGUACAAUCCAUACAACCAGGAGGCACGGUCAGGAUAAAACAGCCGGCAACGUUUUUCAUUUUCUCAGACCUCUCUAUCCGCACUGCUGGUCUGUAUCAACUGCAAUUCCGACUUAUGAAUUGGGGCAGUGUAGAAGAUACAGGACAGUCCAUGCCCAUUUUGGCCGAGGCUUGGUCGGAGCCAUUCCGUGUGUAUCCAGCCAAGGACUUUCCGGGCAUGAGGGACUCAUCCCUUCUCGCAGAAGGUUUGAAAGAGCUUGGAUUUGUGGAAUUGAAAACAAGAGGAAAGGGCAAAGGGAAAGGCAGAAGGAGAUGA